GCUCCAUCCUGCGCCGCUGGAAAAGAAACUGGUUCGUCCUCUACCUGGAUGGCAGUUUGGUUUACUACCACGACGAGACGCAGCGCAACAUGGACGGCCGGAUCCACAUCAAAUACAGCUGUCGGGACGUGAGGACCGGCCGCGAGUGCCGAGACGUGCAGCCGCCCGAGGGCAAGAGCCGUGACUGCCUGCUGACCGUCGUGCUGCGGGACGGCUCCAAGACGACGCUGUGUGCCGAGAGCGAGGACGACGCCGUGUAA